GAGAAAUAUGAAAUUGUAAAAAGUAAAAAGAAUCCGGGGUUCUAGGUUUUCUCUCUCGUCCACCGUCACGCCACCCUCACUCUCAGAUUGAAACGUUUCUCAGAAUGGGAGCUGGCCGUGAAGUCUCUAUCUCACUCGAUGGAGUGAGGGACAAGAACCUCAUGCAGCUCAAGAAGCUCAAUAUUGCGCUUUUCCCUGUUCGUUACAAUGACAAAUACUAUGCCGAUGCACUUGCUUCCGGCGAAUUCACCAAACUAGCUUACUACAGUGACAUUUGUGUUGGAGCAAUUGCAUGCCGGCUUGAGAAGAAGGAAGGUGGGGGGCAAGUUCGGGUUUACAUCAUGACAUUAGGUGUUUUAGCACCUUACCGUGGACUUGGUAUUGGAACAAAGCUGUUGAAUCAUGUUCUUGAUCUUUGCUCCAAGCAAAACAUUUCUGAGGUUUACUUGCAUGUGCAGACGAACAAUGAAGAUGCUAUAAACUUUUAUAAGAAAUUUGGGUUUGAAAUUACAGAAACAAUCCAGAACUACUAUACAAACAUUACACCACCUGACUGCUAUGUUCUCACGAGGCAUACGGCUCCAAGCCCGUCGAAGAAAUAGCAUUUCGGUGCCACUUAUUUUGAGGGGAAGUCAUCAGAGUUUGUUGCAUUAUUUUUUGGGUUUUGCCAUGGAUGUACUACACUAAAGUUUUUCAUGUCCAAUGCUAGAUUUUAAACAGUAAAGUUAGCUCAAAAAAAGCAGCACUUGGAGAUCUCUUGCUAAGGUACUAGCUAUAUGUUAUUUUACCCUUUUUCUCU